CAAAGAGCCGCGGGCGGCGGGCAUGAGUCUGCAUAUGACUCUCGAGUCUGAGUCUGCCGAGUUGACUGCGGCGAAACGCAGCUCUCUGAGUCUGGGUUGCACACGACUCGCAGAACAGGAAUCAGGGAUGGACUGCGAACUGGCAGGGAGGGGUCACCAUGAAGGCGCGGGGUCCCUGCAGGCGCACGGAUAUUUGUGCUGAUUAUAUGCGCCUGUAGAUCCAGGGGGAUGCCAGAAAAGAUGCAAAAUUGGGCAGUCGGUAGUUCAGGAAGAAGCGUUUGCUGCCGUUCUCGACAAGUUGCAUCAUAAGAAGCAUUUUUGGUUUGAACAAGCAUUAAAGAGGAUGCAUAGAUAUUUUGACCCAUCAGAGGACGUCCCUCUGUAGUUCACAGUGUGGGUAACGGAUUGAAGGAAAGCGGGCAGACUGCCAAGGAUGUUGGAGUGUUAGGCAGGUUCGGCAGCGUUCCCUGCAAGGGGUGUAGGCUCGCUGUUAAAGAGUCAGCCAAGAAGUCUGGGAAGGGGUACUGCUGACCAUCCAUGGGAUUCUAGGAGCGAUUGUUCUACGACGGAGCGGCCUUGACAAGCAAGCAGACUGAUUCAGCAAAGGUUGCUGGGUGUUCUGCAAGGAGGGGAAACGUGGGCAAGAACAAAUCGAGGGAUGGAACCUCGCAUAGGAAAUAAGUACAGGCUAGGGAGGAAAAUUGGGAGCGGGUCCUUUGGGGAGAUAUAUUUGGGGACCAACAUUCAGACAAAUGAGGAGGUCGGAAUCAAAUUGGAGUCCGUGAAGACAAAGCAUCCUCAACUUCUCUAUGAGUCCAAGCUCUACAGAAUCCUGCAAGGUGGAACGGGAAUUCCUAACAUCCGAUGGUUCGGAGUAGAGGGGGAUUACAAUGUGAUGGUGCUGGACCUGCUGGGCCCCAGCUUGGAGGACCUGUUCAACUUUUGCAGCCGCAAGUUCUCCCUCAAGACUGUCCUUAUGCUGGCCGACCAGCUUAUCAACCGCAUUGAGUAUGUUCACUCCAAGAGCUUCCUGCACCGUGACAUCAAGCCAGACAACUUCUUGAUGGGGCUGGGGAGGAGGGCGAACCAGGUGUACAUAAUUGACUUUGGACUGGCAAAGAAGUACAGGGAUCCCACCACACACCAGCACAUCCCCUACAGAGAGAACAAGAAUCUCACAGGGACCGCGCGGUAUGCGAGCAUCAACACGCAUCUGGGAAUUGAGCAAAGUCGGAGGGACGAUCUGGAGUCGUUGGGAUAUGUGCUGAUGUACUUCCUGCGAGGAAGCCUGCCGUGGCAGGGCCUCAAGGCAGGGACGAAGAAGCAGAAGUACGAGAAGAUUAGCGAGAAGAAGAUGUCGACACCGAUCGAGGUCCUCUGCAAGAAUUACCCCUCUGAAUUCGCCUCCUACUUCCACUUCUGUCGGCGCCUCCGGUUCGACGACAAACCUGACUAUGCCUACCUCAAGAGGCUGUUCAGGGACUUGUUUAUCCGGGAAGGUUACCAAUUUGACUAUGUCUUUGACUGGACAAUUCUGAAGUACCAGCAGUCGCAGAUCGGGGCAGGCCCGUCCGCAGGGAGAACCUUGGGGGCUGGAGCGGGAGCUGCAGGAACAAGCAGUGCGGCGGUGCAGGGUGGGGGGCAAACAGAUCGAGCAGGAGGGACCAGCACUCCUGUGAACGCUGGGGAUACGCCUGAGGGCACGAGGAGGCGAAUGGCGAGCGCCAUUGAUGCCACCAAGCCGAGGACGAGCAAUGAUGAAACCAAGGAGGAGCAGGAGCGGUUGCACAGCAGUGCGUUUGCGCGCGCUGGCAGUGCUUCCAAGCGGGCCGUGGCGGGGACAACGCGGGCGUAUCUGGGUCAGAGCCAAAGAAGCCAGUCCAUUCGCGUCCUUUUUCUUAGAAUGGGGCGCGAGGAUGCAUGCAGCAUUGCGGCGGUUGGCCGUGUGUGGAUCCAAGGAUGA